AUGCAUCCGAUCGUGCGACACCCGGUCGUCACGAAGUUAGCAGAGCUAUUUGAGAAUGCUGAUUUUUCUACUCAACUCGGCUCCGCAUUGGCUUCUUUCGGCCAACACGAUGGAGUCUACGUGCGUAUUGACGCAGUAAUAUGCGCUUCAAAUAGUAUCACGUCAAAUGCCACCGAGGAUGGUGACAAGUCGCUCCCCCUGGGAUGGUUGAGCAUGGAAAAGAAUCGCUCCUUGACCAUAACGCCGAGUCAGGCUGCUUGCCCCAAGCCCGCAGCACCGACUAGCUCCGAUUCGCAAUCCAGUCAUUGUGCCGGCCCAGUGACGCUCCGGUCCACAUCCAGGAACGACCUCGACAAGCCCAGACACAAGACCGUCAGUGGGCUGCGACCAUCAAAGUCAUCUGCCAUAGCAGUGGUGACACAGGAUUCGGGUUCCGAUAGUGAUGCAGAUGCUGCGGGUUGUCUGCGAGCAUCUAAUGUUAGAAUCGAGCCGUCAGUCCGGCAAUUUCACAGCGAUACCCGCUUUCCUCAGCGCAAGAAGCCCAUGAAAAGCACGACUCCGCCCACUUUACAGCCUUCGACCAUAGAUAAGCUCAUUUCAGGAAUCUGGCGACAGGUGCACUCUCCAAUCACCCUGAGCGUUUCGUUUCCGGUGCAUUUCCCCAUGACUAUUGGUCGUUAUGAUCUACCAUCGCUGACUGAAGUACAGGAUCGCAGGCCCGAGUUCAAUCUCCGAACUGGUGUUAGUCAAUCAGUUUUCCAAGCAAUCAAUGGUCUAUGCAAAAUGUACUAUGACCAGAGCCGGUCAUCGCGGGCUUUGGAACUGGUAGUGCAGGCUUACUGGGUGGAGUGUUUCGAAGCACGAAUUGCAUCCAUUCGUCUCGAUAACCCGAGCUAUACGAACCUCGAAGCUCGAAUGGCAGCCCUGAAAGAAGCUUGCAACACACUAGGCUGGCAGGAAAAAGAUCUCAGAAACAAGAUGGCUGUUUGGCGUGGCUACAAAGAAAUAAAAGAUGCUGGGGGCUGGGCUAGCUUGAUCUUUGCCGGGUCCGGGGUUUAUCGCUUCUGCAAAUAUAGGAUCGGCUUUGACAACGGCCUUACUACUCGGUUGCGCCACAUCGCUUUUAGUCUUGAAGUUGCGGCCGAUACUCUCCAUCCUGGUUGGCGAGACCUUCUCCGUGUCAUUAGCCUAAAUGAGCCAUGUCGAUAUUCCGGCCACCCUCAUGAAUGGGUCACAGUUGAUACUGGGCCAGCACUGCCACUCAAAAGCACAUACUCUCACAUGGUAUUACCCUAUGGCUUCAAUUACGAAUUCGUGGAUGACUGUGUGGUCGACCGAGAUGUGUUUGGGGAAGAUGACCCUAGACGAGGGCUAGGCAUAGGCCCUGAUAUUUGCCAAACGUGUAAGGAACGGCAGUCUGAUGAUGUGAUCCGCAACCACUGUUCUUGUUUCCCGUCUUUGUUUGGUGGUGUUCGUCAUCCUCCUCCCGUCCAAUUAUAUCACACUGCUAGUGGGAAGAACAAUGGGGUGAUCGCCCGCUGCGUACGUUGCAAGAAACCCUUCUCGUCUUUUUAUAGUCUCGACUUUGGUAAAAUCUUCACUAACUUUAAGAAGCCGUUCGAACGAGGCACGGCUAUUGCCGAAUUUGUCGGUCUCGUCACUUACGGAAUUGACGGUCUAGACGUGAUGAUGGGCGGAACCCAAGAAAGACCGUAUCAGAUCUUCCAAGGCCAAAAGGGCAAUUUCACUCGUUUUAUCAACCACUCGUGUCGCCCCAAUAGCCAAUUCCAGAAGUUCUAUUGGUGCGGGAUAGAACGCAUACUUGUGGUCUCUCGCGGAGUGCCCGCUGGCAGUGAAAUAACAGUCGAUUAUUCGGAUUUCUACUGGGGGAAGCUUCAGAAGAACUGUUUAUGUGGGGAGUCCGGCUGCCGUUUUGCUCAUCGGGUUGAGACUGAGGCGACGAGCUUGCCCUCUCUGCAAGAGGCAUGA